AUGGGUGGCGGUGUAGUCUUUGGCAGAUGCCUGCAAUUCUUGUUGAUACAGAUCCUGAUGUUUCAUCCAUCUGAAACAGUUAACCUGGCCUUUAAAAGAAAAGUCUAUGCCAGUUCAGUUGAGCUGGAUUACCCGCCAAAUUUAGCCUCAGACGGUGUAAAGAACGUCAGCGGCAAAAUGGCGAAGACUUUGGAUAAUUCUAAGCCGGGCUGGCUGGUCAUCGAUUUGGAGUUCGUCUUUCCUAUCAAAGGCGUCAAUGUUUACAUAACAUCGGAUGAUUGUUGGUGUCACAUGAAUAAUUUCGAAAUCUGGCUCUCAAAUACAUUCGAUGUGACGGUCAACAAAUCCAUAACCAAAACGACUCUAUGUGCAAGAGCUGGUGUCGUAUCUCAGGGGCUGGAAGUCACACUGAACUGCCUCCUUGAGGACGCCAGGUUCAGGUACGUCAUCCUACACCAGGCCAGCAACGAAAGCCAAUUAUCGGUUACAGAGAUUGAAGUCAUUGGGGAUGAAAGCUACGUACAGUACUACGCUGGUUGCUUCAUGGAUUUCAAAGAGGCAGUGCAAACAAGGUCUGUUCAGAGUUUAGAGGAAUGUUUCAAUAACAGAGAAUGUUAUUGUUCUAGUGUUCUGACAUCACGAAUGCUUCCCCUGAUCAAAUGCGAGUACAGAUGCAGCGAUGAGGAACUGCUUUCGUGCCCGAAAGCCAAAAAUUUCAACAUUUUUAGAGUCAGUCCAUGCAACUAUAAAGACAGCUCAAGUUGGAACUACUGCCCAACUCAUUGCAGCGAUGAAAAACCAGCCGACUCGCUUGGAAUGUGUUCUGACUGCCAAGCAGGUUACUGCGGAUCCACGUGUCAGUUGAGAGAUUGUUACAACAACAAUGGAGGUUGUGGCGACCACCAGUGUAUCAUUCAGUACUCCAACUUCGUUGACGCCUUCGAAUGCGACUGCAACGAAGGAUACCACAAGUCUACCUAUGAUGGCCAAUGCGAGCAUGUUCAAAGAUCGAAACGUAAAAACCAGCCGACGAAUUCAGAGAAAGUUUAUGACAACCACAAUAGCCAUAGAAGCAACAACACCAACAACAGCAACAGCAACAACAACAACAAUUUUAACAUGAGAAGUUUAAGCUACGAAAGCCCACAACGAGAUACGGAAUAUCAUAAUUACGCCGAAAUUGUGGAAUCUACCAAGGAUAACAAUAGGGGUUCUAUCUUCCCAAAAAAAGGAUCGCCUUCUUGUCUGGAUGUCCUGGAAUGA